AUGGCGAGCGCGGAGGAGACUCCGCGCGAAAGCGAGAUCCCGUCGGCGCGGACGGAAGUCGCGCCCGCGGAGAAAGAGGAGGGAUGGGACAGCCAGGAAGAGGACCCCUCGGAGGCGCGAGGAGGAGACCCGCUCGUUUUGUUAGCGCUCGCCGCCGCCGCGGAACUGGUCGAGGAGCCCCCGGAGCGGCCCGAACAGGCGGCAGGAUUCGCGCCUGAUCCAUCUGAGGGGCACAAAGACUUCGUCGAUACCCUGCUCGGCGGAGAUGGAGCGUGCGCCCCGUCUCGCCGUGCCCUUCAAGCGCCCCGUUACCUCGCCGACCCGCUCAGCCGACUCGAUACGAAGCGAACGAAGGAGCCGACGGCGGGUCUGUGGGACAACGCCGAGGUCCGAGGGCGCGUGGCGGACGUGGUCAACUCUCUGAAAGCAGAGGCAUCGUUCGCAUCGCGCCCCGCGGCCGCCGCAUCGCUCCCGUCACGCGACGAUCCCGCGGGCGACAGCUUCGACUUGGGCUCACUCGGCGGCAGCCUCGGGCUUGGUGGCGGGCCCGAUCGCGGUUCUUCCCCCCGCUUCUCGCCCCCGAUAGCUCCAGUGACCGGGAUGCCUCGGCUCGGAGAGAGGAAGCGCCGGAACGCCGUGUUCAACUCACCCCACCGCCUCGCUCCGUGGGGCGAAGGAGUGAGGGUCACACCGUCGCUGUCCCUCUCACCUCGUGAAGUCUUGGACAGGUACGAUCGCUCCCCCGACCGUUCCUUCGAGGAGGAGAACGCGGAUGACUUACAAUUUCACCUGGACAUGGAGUAUCCCCUGGCACACCAGCGGUCGGAACGGGUGGACGGGCGUGACGACGUGGAUACGCCGGAGCUGUCGAGCGACGGCACCGAGGAGUCGCCCGUGAGGCUGAGACCAAACAUCGGCUUAGCUUCACCUCGCUACACCUCGCGCUUCUUCAGCUCCCGCGGCGGUCGGUAA